AUGCCCUUUCCGUGGCUCAAGUAUUCGGGAAAAGUCAUCCCAGUCUGUUUGAGGCGCCCCACAAAGAACAGACACUCGACAGCUACCGACCAUGAGGGUCAUUCCUACAUCCCUGCAGGCAUCCCUGCCUUUCCCUCACCAACGAUUUCUUUAAAUUCAUCGCCAGUGCACCCUGUUUCUGCGAGUGGAGAUCCAGGUCUCCAGGUCCCCACCAAUGUUUAUUCUACCAGAUGCUCACAGGGUGUAUCCCUUGCCCGCGUAGCUUCCGACAUGGCUCAGCUAGCUUUGCCCUUCGUACAGGCCUUUACAGGUAUAAUCCCAAUUGUCGGUGCUCCGAUGAAAGCGGCUAUUGGUGGAUUGUUGGAAAUUCUUCAAGCUAUAGAUGUGAGAGCUUGUGUGAUUGCGAGGAUGAUUCUUGGUAUUAAAGGCCAUCACAGAGACGCAAUCAGAACAGCGCAGAUCUAG